AUGCUGUUUGGACUGAAGAAUGCUGGUGUAACCUAUCAGCGUGCCAUGAGCACGAUCUUCCAUGAACAUCUUCGCAAAAAGGUAGAGUGCUACGUAGAUGACAUCGUAGUGAAGAGCCAGAAGAAAUGUGACCAUCUCUCAGACUUAAGGAUGAUAUUUGACAUCAUGCGAAUACAUCAACUGAAGAUGAACCCCGCCAAAUCUUUCCUAGGGGUAUCCAGCGGCAAAUUCCUUGGGUUCAUAGUCACCUCUAAAGGACGCUGCCAGCCCUUCACCAAGUUAAUGAAGAAAGGGGUCUCAUUUGUUUGGGAUGGAGACUGCCAAAAGACAUUUAAGGAGAUCAAACAAUAUCUCACUCAGCCGACCAUUCUAGUGGCCUCGGUGAUAGGAAAACAAUUCCUAUUAUAUGUGAGGGCCAUGGAACAUUCUCUUGGAGCUUUAUUAGCACAGAACAAUGAUGAGGGCCAGGAGCAGGCAACCUACUACCUUAGUAGAACCAUGAUUGGAGCUGAACACCGGUACAAUCCGGUGGAAAAAGAAUACCUUGCCUUGGUUUUCGCCAUUCAGAAAAUAUGGCAUUACUUAGUUGGACAAACUAUUCAUCUCAUGCCUCAGAAGGUUGUUAAAGGCCAAGUCCUGGCAGAUUUCUUAGCUAACCAUCCGGUGUCUGAUUCUUCCAGAUUAUAUGAAGACUUACCAGACAAAGUUGCAGAGGCUUAUGUAACUCAAGGAGUCAUGCAAGUAUGGAAAUUGUUCUUCGACGGUGCAUCUAGAGAAAGUCCUGAUGGAGGAAUCACAGCCGGUGUGGGGGUUGUGCUCGUAUCCCCAUAUGGUCAGAUGGCCGAGGAGCUCAACAUCCAAUACCUUGAAGCCUACGGCGAUUCUCAACUCAUCGUAAAUCAAGUCCUAGGAGAAUACGAAGUGCGCAAUGAGGAUUUGAUCCUAUACCACUUUGCGGCGCUAAAGUUAGCUCAAAAUUUUGAGGGCUUCUUUAUCGGACACGUUCCACGGGCUCGUAACGCCUAUGCAGAUGCCUUAGCUUCGCUAGCAACUUCACUGGCAUUGUCACCAAAGGCAGAGACAAAGAUACUCGUGGCAGGUCGUGAUUUGUGUCACCCCAAGUUCCCUCUAGGAAAUCGCUCAGAAGAGGCAACAAUAGAGAUCGUUUGUGAAGCUUCCACAAGUCUUGAACAAAGAGAUUGGCUUGGCUAUUACUGGCCUAAAAAGAUCGUUGACGCCGUCAAUUAUGCUAAAAGAUAUCACGCGUGCCAGGUCCAUGGUGAUUUCAUUCAUCAAGCACCAGGGAAUCUGCAUCCUACAUCUCCAUCUUGGUCAUUCGAGAUGUGGGGAAUGGAUAUUGUUGGACCUAUUUUCCCUCCAACAUCCAAAGGGCAUCGAUUUAUCUUAGCAGUAACCGAUUACUUUUCCAAAUGGGCAGAAGCAGUUCCUUUGAAAGAAGUCAAGGCUUCGGACGUGGUCAAGUUCAUCAAACACCAUGUCGUCUACCGCUUUGGCAUACCCGGGCAAAUAGUUCAUGAUAAUGGAGCCUAA